AUGUCUCAACACCGAGCACAAAAAAAUCCUGACUCCCGGGACAAAAGUGCCUUCUUUACAUUGAGAGCUCAAGCAGCAAAACCCCCUCUAUCACCGACCCAAGAUGGAGGCAAGGAAGAGGAGGGAGAAGGCCUGUCACAGCCUGACCCAAUUACGAAAGACAUCUUGCAAACACUUCUGGACGGUAUGGCUGCAAAACUGCAGAACACCCUGACAGAUGCUAUGUCUGAAAUUAAAAAAGACCUCCGUGUACUGAGAAUCAAAAUGGCCCAUUCUUAA